AUGGCCAAACAUCAACAGUGGUUGUUGAAGAAGAGCGAAAUCGGUAUCCUGCUCGCCAUCCCAUGCAUCUGCACUAUCAUCGGGCCUCCCAUGUGGGGGGCAAUCGCCGACGCACUGCACCGACACAAACAAGUGCACGUGUUUUGUCAUAUCUCUUCGGCACUCUUCAUCUUUGCCAUCCAGUUCAACAAUUCGUUCCCACUCAUGUGCGUCACAGUCUUCGCAGCUUAUUGUCAAAUGGUCCCAACGCUGGCGUUGCUGGGCCUCGCAGCGAUGAAGCUCACUGGGCGCCGUGGAGGUGACUUCGGUAAGCAGCGCGUGUAUGGAGCCUUGGGCUACGGUGUUGGUGGCUACAUAUCUGGAAUGAUGGCGUCUGCGGUCGGAAUCGAAUGGUGCUUCACGAUGAUGCUCGGUGUGUCUUGCAUCUCGUUGUUGCUACUGCUCUGGUAUAUCCCAGCGGGGUACGGGGAUGAAAACGACCAGCCACCACAAAAGGGACUCCUUCGGAGCAGUGUGAAGCACAUCCUGCGUCGCCCAGACGUGCUCGUGCUUUUCAUCGUGGCUCUCGUGGCAGGUAUUAGUGGUGGCUAUAUCGACUCGUACUUGUUCUUGAUGUGCUAUAUUCUGUCAGACGAUGGCGCUACCGUUGUCAGCGUGCUUGUGGCCGUCCAAACAUUGUCCGAGAUUCCGCUGUUUUUCAUGUCCAGUGUCUUGAUUGAGCGCUUUAGAACCGCUGGCUGUCUGGUUCUCGUUAUCAUCGCUUUCUUCAUCCGAGAUAUGGUAUACACCUACAUGGAGGAACCAUGGUACAUUGUUCCGGUUGAGAUGCUUCACGGUGUUACUUUCGGGCUGCUUGUGGCGGCGUUGACUACCUACGUGUAUAAAGCUGCCCCGAAAGGAGCAGCUGGAACGAUGAUCGGGCUGCUUUCAGCCUUCAUGCGUGGGAUUGGAGCGGGCACUGCGUCGCUUGUCGGCGGAUACAUCUACGAAGGUUACUGUGCAAGCCCGACUCUCAAAAUGCGCUCGGAGCAAUUUGCGAGACUGGUGGACAAUCUCCCUCGGGGAGGCGCGAAGCACAUCAAGAUGACGCCUGAAGCUAAGGUCCUCCUGGAGGAGUACCUGGAUGAUAGCUGUACCUACACGCUGGACACUAUGAGGACAAUGUUGAUUCUGGACUGUGGCGUUAAGGUGGACACGUCGACGAUUACCCGGCACCUGAAGGGCAUACUGUUUAUCGUAAACCAAGUGAGGGUCGAGCCCACAACGUGUAAUAGCGAUAGCAACAUUGAGAGACGACGUGUGUUCGCCGUGAAAUUAAAGGAGCAUCAAGACGCAGGUAGCUUUGGCGCGAGUCGAGCAGAGCCUAUCGUUUAG